AUGAGUGAGGACAUAAUGGCGGAUAUCCAGUUAAGCUGUUACACUAUAAAGUCCCAUGGAGCCAAAAUUGCAAGACUCCACAUGUAUGACUGGAUAAUACUUGUCCUCCUUGCUGUCAUAGAUGGAUUGUUGAAUAUAAUUGAGCCUUUUCACCGUUUCGUUGGGAAGGACAUGAUGACUGACUUGAGAUAUCCCUUACAGGGCAAUACUGUGCCCUUCUGGGCUGUUCCGCUCAUUGGAAUCGUCCUACCCUGUGUCAUCUUUGGUGGAAUUUACUUCAAGAAGAAGAAUUUCUAUGAUUUGCACCAUGGCAUACUGGGUAUUCUUUAUUCGGUGCUCAUAACUGCGGUGAUUACUAACGCAAUUAAGGAUGGAGUUGGCCGACCGCGUCCUGAUUUCUUCUGGCGCUGUUUCCCAGAUGGAAAGGAUCUUUAUGAUAAUGUCACUACUGGCGUUCUGUGCCAUGGGGAGAAGAGUGUCAUCAAGGAAGGUCACAAGAGCUUCCCAAGUGGACACGCAUCAUGGUCUUUCGCCGGCCUGGGCUUCCUCACCUGGUACUUGACUGGGAAAAUCGCAGUUUUUGACCGAAAAGGCCAUAUCGCAAAGCUGUGCAUCAUUGUUCUGCCUCUGCUUACAGCCGCGCUCGUUGCCGUUUCUCGAGUGGACGACUACUGGCAUCACUGGCAAGAUGUGUUUGCAGGAGCUAUCAUAGGUCUCACGGUGGCCUCGUUCUGUUACCUGCAAUUUUUCCCAUAUCCUUUCGACGCAGACGGAUUGUGGCCUUACGCGUACAACACCCUCCAGCUAGCCGAGGCGGGCAUUGCAGCAAACUCCUUCGGCGUGCGGCCCACGGAGGAGACGGUGGAAGAAGGGCAAGGUCAGGGUGGGAUCGCCCUGAGAGACGCCGUGCGGCCCACUGAGACGGUGGAAGAAGGGCGAGGCCGGGGCGGGGUCGCCCUUAGGGACGCCCUAAGAUAUGAUGAGAACUAG